AAACAGCCAUGUUUAAAAUACUCUGUCACAUGCUCUGGGCAUCUUUAAAAGGACAGGAACUGAACUCUGAUGGGCACAGCACAUCCCAGAGGCUCCAGCUCCUUCUCACCUUGGACAACAGUCCCAGACGGCUCCCAGCAUGUGUGAUGCAUUUCUAGGUACCUGGAAACUCGUCUCCAGUGAAAACUUUGAUGACUACAUGAAAGAAGUGGGAGUGGGCUUUGCUACCAGGAAGGUGGCCGGCAUGGCCAAGCCCAACAUGAGUAUUGCUGUCAGUGGGGAUGUGAUGACCAUUAAAUCUGAAAGCACCUUUAAAAACACGGAGAUUUCCUUCAAACUGGGCCAGGAGUUUGACGAAGUCACUGCAGAUGACAGAAAAGUCAAGAGCACCAUGACCUCACAUGGAGGCGUCCUCAUGCAGGUGCAGGCGUGGGACGGAAAGUCCACGACCAUCAAGAGGAAGCACGUGGACAAUGAUCUUGUGGUGGAAUGUACCAUGAAAGGCAUCACUUCCACCAGAGUUUAUGAAAGAGCAUGAAUGAGAAACCUUGGA